AUGCCGGAUGCCCCGGAGGAGCCUUCGGAGUCACCAGAGCCAUCCGGCGAAGUGGCCUCAGGGCAACACCCCUGUCAUGACGCAGAUGGCGACAUAACGAAGUCCCCCAAAGGGGAAGUGGAGCUGCAUAGGUCCUUUUCAGCCAUCAACGAAGAAUCCGGCACCGCCUGGGGUGGUGGCGAAGAGGGCCUGACCAUCAAAGUCGGUCUUCUGGGAGUGGACCUGGAAAACCUGCGGGAGGGCUGCCAGCGCUUGGCCUGCGAAUCAGAAGAGAUCGUGCAGGCUAUCUUCGAGCGUCUUGGCAUCUUGCACUGUCGUACUUCCCGAAUAGAGACAGCCUUGGGACUGCCGCCAUGGCAGCCUCCAGAAGACAGUGAUGAGGCCGAAAUGAGGACAGCACAGACGGAUGAUGAGAACGUAGACGAUGCAAAAGGUGCCAGCCUUCCACGGUGCCUGCGAGGGCAUGCGCUGGUGCCGGAUGAAGAAGGUGCGGAGGGGCCACCGAAGCAGUGUGCCUUCUGCAAGAACCGGAGGCCAACACAGUUUCGAUGCAGCGAGGGAUGCUACUUCCAUGCAUGCCAGGAUUGCGUGCUCGGAGCGCCGGAAGGUGCAGGCGCUGAAGCAGACGAGGCUGAGGGUGGGGUCGCUUCCGCUGCAAAGGAGGACAGGUCUGACACGGCAACGGUAACGAAAGCUCCGGAAGAAGGCACGUCCCGGUCCCCGUCGAACACCUCAGACGAGUCCCGUUGCGAGAAGGCAGACGAUGCCUGCUGUCGGCCUCCACAAAGCCGGCCACAGACACCGUCAACGAUGAUGCAAGAGGACUCCACAGAUGCCCGCCUGGAAGUGGACAGCUUCGGUUCAGAGACGCCAGAUGCCGACCUGCAGGAGGAGGCAGCAAAGCCUCCGCGGCCUCCAAGAGAAUCUACCAGCGGGCUCAAGGCGCGGCUGUCUGCACUGGAGGCAGAGGUGCGAGAGUUAAGUAUAGCCUCUGAGAGUGGAGUCGCCAAAGAAGCGGCUGCAAUGGCACAGGAGGCCGCAGAGGCAUGCUGCACUGCCUUGCACGAGGACGUGUCGAGACUCUUUGCCGCUUUCGAGGCCGAAGUAAAGGCAUCGAUCCUGCAGCUUCAGGGCCAGGAACCUGGCGAAGUCCGUGGGAUCGGCACGAGUGCCCACGAGGAGGUAAAGAAAGAGCUUGCUGAGUUUGCAGAGGCAAUGCAGCAGAACUUUGUUAGCACUUCCGAGUCCUUGCGGCAGAUGCUAGUUGAAGCCCAGGAAGAGGCCGAAGAGCGACUUCUGGGAAAGGCAAACGGGAUGCACCAGACGGUUGAAGGACUUCAUCUACGGCUUGAAGCGCUUGAAGCAGACCUCCCACGUGGCCGCGUCCGAGCCUCCAACAAGGGACCUGGUCCUCGGACUGUCCCUGCAGAAGGAAAUGCCAUCGAGGGCUUAGCCCUCGGCUUCUCAGCCCUGGUCAGAUCGCUCGGACUCUCGAAAGGCGAACGUGUUGGACUGGACUGGAGCUGGGAAGAGGCUGGCCUGCGCAUUGAGGAGGCGUGGGCAGCAAAAGCACGCGAGGCAUGGCAUCUUGGCCUGCCUCCCAAACCUGACCUCUUCGAUUUCCUUCAGAGCCAGGUCCGUGCAGCAACUUCUACCACGGCACCAGCCCCCAGACUGCCUGACCGGCGGGAGGCCGCCAGGCUUACCAGCCGGCUCGCUUCCUCUCCUGUUUCGUCUGGCUGCGGUACGCUGUCGUUCAGCCCCCAAAGCAGUGCAGCCACUGAAGCUAAAGACUUGGAGUCGGAGACCUCUCCGCUCCAAAGGAGCGGUUCCUCCGGUGGAAUCGGUCUUGGUCCAGGGCCAAAGGCCCAGCCUCGCGUCGCCUGCCCUUCGCGCGGCCGAGCCGCACGAGGCGCUGAUAUGGCUUGGGCAGAAAGAGGCGAUCCCGUCUAUGCCGAAAGCAGACGGGGAACUGCCAUGGCAUUCUCCAUUCCAGAUGACUACGGAUAUGUCGUGCUGGCGCACUGCAUGUCCUGGGUAUCCAACAUGUACCUGACCAUCAAUGUUGUGAAGGCGCGUAAGCAGUAUGGCAUCAAGUACCCGGCCCUCUAUGCUCCCGACGGCCACCCACAUGCGGAGAGUUUCAACAGCGUGCAGCGAGCUCAUCAGAACACUCUCGAGAAUUGGGCACCGGUGCAAAUCUUGAUGGCAUUUAAUGGCAUUCUCUAUCCCAAAUUUGCUGCAUCUUGUGGCAUGAUUUGGGCCUUCGGCCGAAUUGUCUAUGGCUAUGGGUAUGCUAAGGGUGGACCAGACGGGCGCAUGGUGGGAGGAUUGCUCUCUCAUCUUGGUGACUUACCCCUCCUAAUCGGUGGAUUCGUGACUGCAUUUGGGAUGAUAACAGCCUAG